AUUAGGAUCGAAAAUUGGGGCAGAACGCCUAAGAGAGAGAAGGCAGUUGAAGAGGUGCCCAUAUCAGUCAUGCAAGAGUUGCUGUGCAAAAGCUCAAAAUCCAUGUCACAUACACGUGUUGACAAGGACUGCAACUUUUCCAGACAAGAUACCAUCGUCUAGCUCUUCUUUGUUUGAUCAGCAAUCAACUGACACAUCUUCCUCUGGGAAUUCACAUAGAUUUACUUCACUUCGGCAACUCUCCAACAAUUUUGCCCAGUUUAAUAAUUUGCGAGGCCCACUUCGUUCAAGGAAGACAGUGACUAGAAAGGAUGCUGCGGUUAUUAAUGAAUGGAGGUUUCUAAAGUUGAAAGAACACAAGGAGGGAAACGUUGAAGUGGAAAAUGUAGCUUUUGAUCGGUACAUGCAGAACGUUAGUUUGCUCGAAGAGGUGCUUACUGUGGAUUCUACACCUGAAGGGUCCACCAAUAAUGGGCCCCCUAGGAGUGAAAAUGUUACAAAGAGAGUGCAAGACAUUGUCAAUCAGGGACUAAGGAAGCUUCAGAAAAUUGAGUUAGGUAAUGGUGACAAUGAUUCCAGUAAGCAAGUUGAACUUGUCGAAUGCAAAAAAAGGGAAAAUCUUGGCGGGCUGAGAGGGUUUCGGCUUUAAGUGAUCUUCAUGAUAAGUUGAAUAAAGCUCAGAAUGAGGAAGAUCUGAAAUCUUGCUUGGAGAUGAAACCCGAACUCUUUAAUCAUCAUCAAAGGACGAGUCAAAUGGAAACCGAAGAAGUUAUUGAGAUAUCUAAACAGGAGACUGCGAAAAAUAAAUUUUCACCUGGACUACAAUAAGAUUAUUCUAUACCCAAAUGGUUUUGCUGAGAGUUUCGAGUAGUCCUUCUAUCAAGGUAGCUGUAUCUCCCGUGGGUGCUCAAGAAAACAAGAAUUCAACACAAACCCAAAUGGAAAUGAGGUCGUCAAUUGGCUCAGACACAAAAUUCAGGAAAGUUCUGGAGUCUGCUACCUCGGAUCGAACUGAAUUUGCAAGUUCUAAUGAGGGUUCCUCUGUUUCUGAGAAAAUCCCAAAUGGCGAAACGGUGUUGAAAAAUCCAAUUCUGUCAAUGCCACAAUGGUAGCAGAGGCAGAGGAUGACCGGAACACCAAGCAAUUCAAACCCAAUGAAGGCAGUGGGAGCGAAAAUGAUAGUGUUAAAACGGGGAUGAGGAUGAGAAACAAACAAAGGCUAACCAGAAGCCUCCUGAGCCCCCAAAGGACUACAUUCAUGUAAGAGCAAGAAGGGGUCAAGCUACUGAUAGCCAUAGCCUUGCUGAAAGAGUUCAAAGGGAGAAGAUCAGUGAGA